CAUCCAAUUAUACUGCUUUAAUCUUAGACUUUUUAUUCCAAAACACAAACCUUUUACACAUUAGUACAUUACAUUACCUAAAAACCUUCCUUCUAUCACAAAACCAAAAAAAUCUCCUCAUUAAAACAACCCCAUUUUCAUAUGUUAGAAAUGCAGAUUUUAGCCUCAACUUUGAAUUGAAUUGAAGAAAGAAUUUCCCACCCUGAAAAGUCGAAAACACCCUCAUAAAAAAAUGGCAUUAAGCAACAAUGUGAUAGGAGCCAUAAACUUCCUAGGCAUACUACUUGCAAUCCCCAUUAUCGGUACCGGAAUAUGGUUAGCCAGUGACCCGGAAACCUCAUGUAUUCGGAUCCUACAAUGGCCCGUUAUUAUCAUAGGUGCAUUGACCCUUGUAGUUGCCCUAGCCGGGUUUGUGGGCGGGUUCUGGCGUAAUGCCCCUUUGCUUAUAUUUUACCUUAUUGGUAUGCUUGUUUUGAUCAUUUUGUUAGCUUGUUUGGUUGUUUUUGUGUUCAUGGUUACCUCUAGAGGGUCGGGUCACCCGGCCCCUAGCCGGGGUUACUUGGAGUACAGGCUUGAUGGGUUCUCGGGCUUUCUUCGAAGGAGGGUUCAUGGCCCGUUUAAGUGGGCUUUGAUUAAGAGUUGUUUGAGCUCUACUAGUGUUUGUCCUGAGUUAAACCAGACUUAUACUAUGGCUCAAGAUUUUUUCAAUGCUCCUCUUUCUCCUAUCCAGACAGGAUGUUGUAAACCACCAACAGCAUGUGGAUACACAUUCAUAAACCCAACAUUUUGGAUAAGCCCAAUUGAUACAGCUGCUGAUAUGGAUUGCUUGUCAUGGAACAAUGAACAAAACCAACUUUGUUACUCUUGUGAAUCUUGUAAAGCUGGUUUACUUGCUAGUCUUGCUAGACAAUGGAGGAAGGCUAAUAUAAUCUUAAUUAUUACGCUAAUCGCGCUUAUUUGUGUUUAUCUUGUUGGCUGUUGUGCGUUUAGGAAUGCUAAAACGGAGGAGAUUUUUAGAAAAUAUAAGCAAGGUUACACUUAAUUAAUAACAAUAAUGUUACUAAUUUUAUGUAAUUGUCAUGUUAAUGUAAUUUGAGUUUAACUACAUUGGAUUGUAUGGACUUUUUUAUGUAAUUUUUUGUUUAUUGGUUUGUAAAUUAUUUUAUUGUAUUUCUUUUACGUUUGCCAAGAAUUUUUUAUUUCUUUUGUGGGGUUUAUUGAAGACUGAGAAGGGGACUUUUUGAAAAAAUUAUGAGCAUCAUUAUAACGGGAUUUGCGGGUUGCGCCGAAAGGUGAAUGUAUUUCGAUGAUUACAAAUGUUCUUAUGAUGUUUUUAACUUUGGGGUUAAAAAUUGUUUUUGAUGUUAGGGACUUAGAGAGUUAGAGCUUCAAUCCUACUUAAAAUUUUGAAAAUUAGCCAUAGCGGUGAAUAGUAACGGGUAACAAUUAGUUGUUAAAGUUAGGGCUGUGCAAAACUAUCCGAAAAACCAAAAACCCGAAAAUCCGAACCAAAAUCGAUCCGAAUAUUAGGGUACCCGAACCGAUAACGAUUUCGGUUUGGGUACCCGAUCCGAAACUUUGUUAACGGAUCGGGUAACCGAUACCCGUUAACAAAGAUUCGGGUACCCGAAUUACCCGAAAAGGUUCAGUUUUCAAUUUUUUUUUUAAAAAAAAAAGCUGAAAAGAAGUAUAUUGAGUCGCAAAUGUGGAAUAACCUAAUUCCUUCUCUUGGUCUCAUCCACUCUCCAGACCGCCGCUCAAUCGCUCAUCCUCUCACUCACUCUCUUUCUCUCUCUUCUCAUUCUAUAUUUCUACAGAUCUGAGAUAUCCAUCAUCUCUUCUUUGGGUCUUAGAUCUCAUACUACUAUUCUCCAUCAUCUCAUCAACACUCACUACUCACCGUCGUCACCGGCCGUUCACCACUUCGUCGGAGUUUUCAAGAACUCUUCCUGCUGCUGGUGUCCCUCAACUUUGUUGCUACUUACUUGAAGUUUCAAGUUAAAUUGGAGGAUGGUGUUUCUGUACCAGAUUUUCAAAGAUCAAGCUUGAAAUGCCUAAAGCUUUUGUCUUGCCUCUGUGGAAAAUUAUAUAUGUAAUGUUGGUUAAUUGAGAACUAUUUUUAUUUUAUCUUGUGUAAUGGAGUUGAUUAAUUAGUUACGCCCGAAUCGUGAGCGUUGAGUACUUUAUUUAUACAA